AUGGUUCUAUGUAUCCUGGCUCUCCUCCUCGCAGGGGUUUUGGUGUCAGCUUCCAGGUCCCAGCCAGUGCUGACUCAGCCAGAUUUUGUUUUAGUGUUGCCAGGACAAACCGUGAAUCUGUCCUGCUCCUUGAACUCUGGGUACCACAUCAAGGAUUAUGGGGUUUCGUGGUACCAGCAGAGACCUGGAUAUCCACCGAGGUACCUGCUCUAUUACAAUUCAGAGGCAGACAAGCACAAGUCCUCUGAGAUUCCAGACCGCUUCUCUGCCUUCAAAGACCCCACCAUCAAUGCCUGCAUCUUGACCAUCUCUGAGGUCGAGGCUGAGGAUGGUGCUGACUACUACUGCUCAAUAUCAUACGCCAUCUACUAUCUAUAG